UGAUAGACAAAGCUCGGCGCAAUUGGUGCCCAUCUUGUCGGCUGGCAAAGUGUUUCAGACUGAAUAUGAACCUUUUAGCAGUACAAAAGGAACGAGGACCCCGCUCUGUGGCACCGCAUUUUGCUGCAGUUGAGAGAUGCAGGUCAACAAAAAAAGUGCUAAGCAACAGUGAGCGCACAGAGGUCAGUGUUUACUCGAUGGAUGAUUUAUUCGUGGCUGCUGUUUUCGCCGUCAGUCAUUCGGUGCUACUAGCGUUUGCGACCUCGGAAGAACGAAGAGAACUGCUCGUCGCCAAUUAUUCCUAUUUUCUCGCUCUUGCGAUUUCUACUGCAGACGAAAAAACGCGGAGAAACGUGCAACAUGCGUUGCCAACCCACGUCGAGAUGAAUUCGGAAGAGUUUCGACUUUCGGUGUGUGUUCUGCUGUGUAAGCUGGGUUCGUCCGUGGCAGCGCUGUCGUUCGCGCCGCCGCUGCUUCCGAUCUAUACGCACUGGAUACGGAUUCACUGCACAUCGUUCUCGUGGCCUGGCAAAGCGGACGAGAUCCUCGAGCUGCUCGAGCAGAUCUGGCACGACCGCACCAGCUUCGAUCACCUGCUCUCGGCACCUGCAACUGAACUCAUCGACCGAGUUUUUCGCUUUUAACGAGCAUAUAGCUUCCUCCAUACUGUUUCUGUUCGUACUUUGCGCUGGCUGUUCUGACCGCUAGCUGCCAGCAGAAAACGCCUGCUUCCAGCUGUCCACCCCCGCAGUGUAUUAACGGAAUACGCGUCUUCCAGCUUUACACCUUGUGAUGCGCCUG